UAGCACCCGCCGGGAGCGGCGCGGGCGCUAAAGCUAUUUAGGUCACGUGAUGUCGCCGAGAGCUCGCAAGCAAGAUGGCGACGUCUUGACUAUGUGGUGCUUCGUCAGCUGAUAGGGCCCCCCUGCCAAUCUGGCGCAACCAAAAAAGAAACCCAUUCGAAAAUUAACACCGAAACCGCAUAAUGUGAAUCAGGACGCCCAAAAUCCCAACCCGAACCCACCACCACACCCGCAACGACGAGGCAGCACCGGAUGAUCGUCGACGACUUCGCCCGACGGCUACAAUCCGACGUGGACGCACCUUCGACCAUCGUCAACAUGGACAGCAAAGACUACGACCACACCAAGAACCUGACGCUCAUGUUCUUUCUCGACCGCCUCAUGGACAAAGGACAGCCUCGAACCUUACAUGAUCUGUCGUGCCAGUUUGGAACCAAGGGAUUCACCAAGGAAAUGCGGCAGAUUGCCGGCGGCAGUCAGUCCGGUCUGCGCAAAUUUCUCGGCCAGUACCCGUCCCUCUUCACCAUCGACGGCGACCAAGUGUCGGUCACCAGCUUCGGCGGGGACUCGUCGGGAAACACGCCGCAGCGGGACUACGUUCAGGAGGCUAUAGACUACUUCCGGACCAAACUGGAGCAGUACGGCAACGCGGAGGUGCCGAUCAAGUCGCUUCUGGGACACCGAUCGCAGGCUACACCCGAGAUUCGGCACGUUUCCGGCCAGCACGGGAGGGAGUUCCGGGACUUCCUGGCGAAGCACUCGGACGUCUUCGUGGUCAAGGAGGAGUAUGUGGUGCUCCGGAGCGUGCUCCAGAGCGCCGCCCUGGGGGACGGGCAGGUGGUGGUCAAGAUGGCCGAAGAGGCGCCCCUGGACUCGAACCUCCGGGACCAGCUGACAAGCAUCUUCGAGGGAUACCUGCGGUCGCGGGGAGGCUCGGCAACCCUGGACGCCCUGUUCGCCCACUUGACGUCGCGCUUUAGCCGCGACACAUACUCGCGCAUGGUGCAGAGCUCUCAGGACCUGUCGGCGUUCCUGCGGAUGAACACUCAUCGGUUUCAGAUCCAAGCCAACGUGGUGACGCUGCUGGAGCGUCCAAUCCCGGAGCCUCCUGCCCCCACGCUCUCGCCGUCCCGAGCACCAGGCAGCAUCCAGCAGCGGCUCAAGUCGCACAUCCUCAAGGCAGUGGCAGACAACUCGGCCAUGGACCACCAGCGGGUGGCGGGGGCCUCUUCGGCCAGGGAGCAAGACCAGGCGCUGGCCGAGAUGCUCAGGGGCGUCAAGGUUGUCUCCAAGGUGAAGGAGUGUGAGGGGGUGGUGUCGAGGCUGUCCCAGUGCCCCGUCUUGGCCCUGGACGCUGAGGGAGUCAACCUAGGGCCCAGGGGGCCCCUGACCCUCCUGCAGCUCGCCACGGCAGCGGGGGAGGUGUUCCUCUUCGACGUGCAGUCCACGCCCCAGCUCUUCGACGAGGGAAAGCUCAAGGAAAUCCUGGAAUCCCAGACCAUCGUCAAGGUGGUGCACGACUGCAGGAACGACAGUGCGGCCCUAUUCUACCAGUUUGGCAUCCGGCUCCAAAACGUCUUCGACACCCAGGCAGCACAUGCAACACUGCAGCAGCAGGACCAGGGCAAGCCUGUGCAUAAGGUGAAGAACGUCUCUCUGGGCACACUGUGCGGCCUGUACGGGGGCCCGCCCAACCCCCGGCGGGAGCAGGUAAAAAGUCUGUACCGCCGGGAUCAGAAGUUCUGGAGCCGGCGGCCCUUGAGCGAGGACAUGGUGUUCCACGCCGCCUUCGACGUCUUCUGCCUCCUGCCCGCCGUGCACGACGCCCUGCGCGGGGCCAUCAAGCCCGAGUUUGGGCCCCUGCUGCAUGCGCUGUGCGAGGAGCAGGUGCUCUCACACAUCUCUCCCGAAGAGGUGAAGGGGCGCAAGAAGCAGCGCAAGGUGGACCACGAGGUGGACGACCUCCGCAGGCGCCUCGACUCUACCAGCGCCCGCCAGGUGGUGCUCAGCAACCGGGAGAUCCGCCUGCUCAGGUACAUGAAUCUGACGGACGAGGAGUGUUCCAGAAUCGACGGAAACCCCAAAGUGGCGCGCAAACUGGAGCGCCUACGAAACCGUGGCGCCCCCGGACCAGACGGAACCUUCAGCAACACGAGCGGCGGGUGCGACGACGAAGAAGACGACGACGACGGAUCAUAUUCCGACUCCGACUCGUCGGACUCUGACCUUCCGCGAUCAGGCGACUGGAGCUGCGACUCGCUCGGACUACCUGUGUCUCCGAGCUGCUCCGUUGACGGAGCGCUGCGGAACACUCCGACACCCGUGACCAAUGGGCAUCGCGAGUCCGAGAACGGAUACUGCUACAACUGCAGACGGCAAUGGGACGGCACGGUGGCAGACGCCAGCUGCCAGACGCUCUCCACGGGAGACAUUGUCAUCACGAAGGUGUUCUUCGAGGAACGAGAGCACGGGGGGAAAGAGAUCAUCCCGUGAGGCCGCCCGGCGCAAGCAGACGACGCUGUUCCGAAGUCGUCUGCUAACGGCGCGGAACGUUGCUGGACCGCCGGCAGGAGACGGCCAAUCGUGCGAGGCUUCUCUCUCCCUCUCGUCGAAGCGCGGAUGACGGUUGAAUUUCGUUGGGUUCUCGUCGCAGCAGUCUACACCAAAGGACAGGUCGACAGAGCGUUUCUAUGUCGCCUUCUGCCAAAAACGGCAGACGACGUGACGUCUUCUUUUUUUUUUACCACACUGCCGAGGCUUGGAAGGAGAAGCACGGGAUGCAUUUCUGGCAGCCGGUGGGUAACUCACCUGGGGUCACUGAGCUCCUGCCCGUCCGGCAUCCAGAUUGGUCCCCUCUCUUGUACAGCUUGGGAUUUCGACGCAGUGCCAACGUCGACGCAGUGCUGGGGGUGACAAGCUGCCGAACCAGUUUCGGAAGGUUCUUGACCGGUUGGAGGUGCCAUCUCUGGGUGAAUGUCUCGGCAUCUUGUUUGUGCUAACGUUGCAGCACAAAAUGCCGGCAGGCGGUUUUUGUAACGAGCUUCUCUUGACAGACGGGCUGUCCUACAGCGUCUGCCUCUCCCUCGGCAGAGAGGUGCGAGUGAUACGUCGACCUUGCCGGAUUUGGAGGUUGCGGGUUGUGCCGGUCUACAACUGAGACAUGUGCCUUGAUGUUUCUUCGCUCGCAUUAUUCGUCCUUUCCGUUCCUCUCGAGACUUGGUACGCUUCUGUUUCUGGCAGACGCAUCGAGACGGGGUACGACGGAUAGAUGGAUGGACGUGAUAGGUGCGGGGAUGCUCAGGAGAAAGAAACAUUUCUUUCUUUCUUUUGUUUUUUUUGGCAAUAACUCCACUCGAGCUUGCUGAACUAAGCGGAUCAAAGACAUUGCUCCUCUAGUCAGGCCUUCUCUCUAAGAAAAUUACGAGGCAGUCACAUACGAUCUGGCCUGAUCUCGUCUGCUGUGAAAUCGAUGUUUCGUCUGCUCGUUCCCUUCGAAACGAAAGCCCACGUUAGAACGCGUGUCUAACUCUAUGGGUUCAGUUUGGUCUCGCGGCCGUAACAUCGUUUGUUACGUCUCAAAAUCUUGCGAAAAUUUGAAACGAGGUCUGAAAUUUUUAGAUAAUUCACCCUCCACGGCUUGAAAGCGUUUGGUGAUUAUCUUCUUCCCGUGCCUUAGGACACUCGCGACACGUUCGCGAGUGGUUCUUUUGUGUGUACUAACUCGUAUUCGGAAGCCUUCUUCGUUUUUCGGCUACAUUCGUCUGCUCUUGUCCCAGCAGACUACGUCUGCACGAGAGGGCCUCGAGCAUGCGAGCAGUCGAAUGCAGCUGUCUUGUGCUACAGCUAACGUCAUUCUCCGCUUUGAUUGGUUGAUAUCAAAGCCUGUUGGAGCAAAGAUGCUGGCACCCAGUCAGAAGACGAGGAUUUUCCAACUUUCUUUUUUUACUCUUUACAUUAAUCCAGCGGUACUAUACUGCGUUUCAUAUUUGAUAUACAACGCAGUCUAAGCUACUGGCGCGAGCACAUGGCUUUGUCUAUAGUUUCGUUUGCGUGAGAAUGCGUGCAAACAAUCUGCAAGAUCAAACUCCAUGCUCGCGCUAGCAACUUUGACAGUGUCGUACACCAAGUAUGAAACGGAGUGUAGAGUGUGGUGUACGAGACUGAUGGCUCGUUUGCGACACAGAGCUCUAGACGUGUACAUGCAAUUGUGGAUGGGUGCACGAGUGGAAGCAUUGUGUAAAUUAUAUAUAGAUGCCUAUAGGUUUAUAUAUAUAUACAUAUAUAUAUUAACUAUGCACGUUGUUGUUUACGUUUACAUCUUUUCAUUCGUGACGUCGUGUGUGUGUCGGGAGUGUUGAACGCGCCGAGCGCGGCAUUCCCCCUCCCCCCCAGCUGCACGUUGGUGGUCACGUAAACUUGGGACGGAGAUUAUUUACAAGUCAUCGUCAGUGUAGCUAUAUUACCUUUUUCUACUUCCCACUUUUGUAAACAAAAAGCCGGCGGCUUCUGUAUGCCGCACAGGAUAACGGUCUAAAGGACGGUAAAAUGACGGAAUGCUUGGAUGACUUCUUUUACUAGUAGUUUUGUUUUGUUUGACUAGUGAGCCUUUACAAUCACCCUCUGGCAGCUUUUUACCUUAGUUUUUGUUUGUUUUUGACCAACCACAGUGCAGUGUUUCUGUUGAGCAAGGAUUGUUUUUGUGGCCUGCGGCUGUCAGAAUUUUUUCUUUCUUGGAAGAUGCCAGAGUGCUUGUUAUUAAAGAUGCUUAUUACAUUAGAUAAACAGGUUUAAUGUAUACCAGCAUGGUCAUUGUGAUGUCUUUUUUGGAAGGGAAGCACUUAUAAGGACAUAAAGAAAAGUUCUAACUCUGA